GGUGGCCUGGCAGUCAAACUUCAGGGACGUCUGAGGGUUCGCUCGAUCCGCUCUCUAUCUGCUGAUUAAUUAACUAGUUGUUUUGCAAGUCUAGUUAAUUAGCUCACCACGUCGACUAGAAUUCUAGAAAUUCAUCUUUUUGUUUUUGUUUUCUGUAGUAAUGAUUUUGCAACGCAGUGCAUUCGCGUUGGGCCUUGUCUCACUUCGUAGUGUAGUAGACAGAUGUUGCCACAGAGUUGAAGUCUGCAUAAUAGAUCAGCAGCACCAGUCUAUGACAUAUUUAACGAUAAGCUAGUUUAGGAGGUCUGACUUAGGAUUCAGUUAGCUUACUUAGCAUUGAGCACUUCUACUCCGGUGCUCCUCCCCUGAAAAAAUUCUACACAUCAAACAUAAAAAUGAUGGAGAUUUUUCCAUACAUGUUCGUAAUCGGGGCCACGAUCGUAAUUUUAUUGUAGGUCUGCCGUCCGUACAAUCCUGUAUAGGCCCGUAUGGCUCGUGUUGUGUUAUACCUCGUUUUUGUACGUAUGUACGAUCACGCGUGUACGUCGAAAUAGAAAGGUCAUAUAAAGAUGUUGCUCACGUGACCUUUUUUUUUUCUUACACGAUGUACAUAUACCGUACCAAUAUAGACAUGUAUACAUGGAUUGGAUAUAAAUUUCGGCGGACCUAAGACAAGAAAAAACAACAAUUAUGACCCUUCAACUUUGUUUAAGGGGGGAGCACCGGAGCAGCCCUCAGCAUUGAGUUAUCUGCUCUCUCCCCUUUUUUUAACAAGUGUAGUAAAGGGUUACUCAGCAUUCGGCCCCUAGGCUGUCGGUACUCAGUUGGUGGUUUGACUAUAGCAUGAACAGGUUGAAAGUUUCUAUGCACAAUCCAAGCUUCUAGAGAGUGAUUGAUAGGUAUGGCUUGCUUACAAUCUUUGUUUUACCAAACCUCUAAUAUAUUUGGCCGGCAGUCUUGGCUGGCAAGGUAAAACGAAAAGGACAGCUUGAAUAUUUGGGGAAAGCAACAUAUGCAUUGGCCAUACUCACUAUAGAUAUAUAUCUGAAUUGCUAGAAGAAGAGAACACCCAGCAGCUCAAUGGCCGCUACAUGCAUUCCUGUCGCGGUGCUACUAGCAGCAUCAGCCAUCUCCGUGUCAUCCGUAGUACCUAGCGCCGGCUCCUCUUCUCCGAGUCAGACCAUUGGCAAUGGCAACGACACCGAUCUCGCCGCGCUGGUGGCUUUCAAAUCCCAACUUACCGACCCUGAAUCCGUCCUUGCUAGCAACUGGACCACCGGCACGUCUUUCUGCCACUGGGUUGGCAUCUCAUGCAGCCGGCGCAGGCAGCGUGUCACGGCCUUGGAGCUGUCAGGCGUGCCCCUCCAUGGAUCCCUCGCUCCUCACCUUGGUAACCUCUCGUUCCUCUCAAUCAUCAACCUCACCAGCACCGUCCUGACUGGCUCUAUCCCAGAAAACAUAGGAAGGCUGCAUCGCCUCAAAUUCCUUGACCUUGGGUUCAAUGAUCUGUCAGGCAGCAUCCCACCCUCCAUAGGAAACCUCACAAGUCUUCAAGCUCUUGUGAUGAGGUUUAACCAUCUUUCGGGUUCAAUCCCGGUAGAGCUGCGGAACUUACACAAGCUUGGCUUCAUAAAUCUCCAGACCAAUUUCCUCACUGGUCCGAUACCGGUCGAUCUAUUCAACAAUACACCCAUGUUAACUUAUCUAAGCAUUGGGAAUAACAGUUUGUUAGGACCGGUGCCAUAUUCCAUUGCCUUACUGCCAAUGCUUGAGUUUCUUGACCUCCAAUACAAUCAUCUCUCUGGUCCAUUGCCUCCAGCUAUCUUCAACAUGUCUAAGCUCCAUACAAUAUUUCUCUCCCGCAACUACAACUUAACCGGCAGUAUCCCUGACAACGGAAGUUUCAGUCUCCCGAUGCUCCAAAUAUUCAGCAUAGGAUUCAGCAGAUUCACUGGUCAGAUUCCAUUGGGGCUUGCAUCUUGUCGCGACCUCAAGGUUAUUUCCAUGCCUGCUAACUUGUUUGAAGGUGUUGUGCCAACAUGGCUGGGCAAGUUGGCUCAUCUAUAUUUCAUUUCCUUGGGUGGGAAUAACCUUGUUGGCUCAAUUCCUUCUGCACUUGGCAACCUCACUUGGCUAAGUGACUUGAGUCUGCCAUGGUGCAAGCUAACAGGACCCAUUCCAUCAAAUCUUGGACAGCUGCGCCAUCUAUCUGAUCUGCGUCUCGGAGACAAUCAGCUAACGGGGCCUAUUCCUGCCUCCCUAGGUAAUCUUUCUGAGUUAUCAUUGCUGGUGUUGGAUCGAAACAUGUUGGAUGGGCCAUUGCCCAGAACAUUUGGCCACAUGGACUCUUUAGUGAAACUUAGUUUUACAGAAAAUCAACUACAGGGGGAUCUCAGCUUCUUGUCCAUUCUGUCUAACUGUAGAAAGCUCUGGUAUCUUGACAUCUCGUCCAACAAUUUCACUGGUGCCCUCCCUGGCUUUCUGGGGAAUCUGUCAAAUCAGUUGGAAACUUUCUAUGCAUCUGAGAAUUAUUUACUUGGUGAACUUCCAGCUACGAUUUCAAAUUUAACCAGUCUUAGGGUGCUAGAUCUUUCAAAAAACCAGUUCGAUGGCACAAUUCCAGAUUCAAUCAUGAUGAUGGAGAAUUUGCAAUCCCUUAGCCUCCGUUGGAACAGCUUGCUCGGCCCUAUCCCCUCACAGACUGCUAUGCUAAAGAAUUUAGUAAAGUUGCACCUCGGACGCAACAAAUUAUCUGGCUCCAUACCAGAGAGCAUCGGCAAUCAUACCAAGUUAGAAGAAAUUAGACUAUCUUAUAACCAAUUAUCGUCAACUAUACCGCCAAGUUUAUUUCAUCUUGAUAGCCUCCUUCGGCUAGAUUUCUCUCAUAACUUCUUGAGCGGCACAUUACCGGCUAAUAUCGGCUAUUUAAAACAAAUUUACCACAUUGAUCUCUCUUCCAACCACUUGACAGGUAGUCUUCCAGACUCGAUUGGAGAACUUAUCAUGAUGAUCAAUUUAAACCUGUCACACAAUUCAUUCUAUAACCAAAUUCCAGAUUCCUUUCAGAAGAUGUCGAGCUUGCAAGCUUUGGACCUAUCCCAUAACAAUCUCUCAGGUUCCAUCCCAAAGUACCUGGUCAAUUUUACCAGCCUGUCCAUAUUGGACCUGUCUUUCAAUAACCUACAAGGUCAGAUACCAGAAGAAGGUGUGUUCUCAAACAUCAGUCUGCAAUCCUUGAUGGGAAAUUCAGGGCUUUGUGGUUCUUCACGUUUAGGAUUCCCAUCGUGUCUGGGUAACUCUCCAAGAUCCAGCGCUCACAUGCUCAGAUUUUUGCUCCCUGCCAUCAUUGUAGCAAUUGGAGCUGUUGCAUCCUGCAUAUUUGUAAUGGUCAAAAGGAAAGUUGGGAACCAACAAGGAAUCACAAUUUCCGACCAAAUGGUUGACAUCAUAAACCAUAAAUUAGUCUCCUUCGAAGAGCUCGCUCAUGCCACUGAUAAUUUCAGCGAGAGCAACCUGUUGGGGUCCGGGAGCUUUGGGAAAGUUUUCAGGGGCAAACUCAGCAACGGUUUGGUGGUUGCAGUAAAAGUUUUGGACUUGCAGCUGGAACAUGCCACUGGGAGCUUCAUUGCUGAGUGCCGUGUGAUGCGCAUGGCGCGACACCGCAACUUGACAAGGAUUCUCAGCACCUGCACCAACCCAGAAUUCAGAGCACUAGUGCUUCAGUACAUGCCCAAUGGAAGCCUAGAGAAGCUCUUACACCAUUCUCAAGGCAGAAGGCACUUGGGCCUCCUCGAGAGGCUUGGCAUCAUGCUUGACGUGUCGAUGGCAAUGGCGUAUCUGCACCACGAGCACUACGAGGUUGUACUACACUGCGACUUGAAGCCCAGCAACGUGCUGUUUGACGAGGACAUGACAGCACAUGUUGCGGACUUUGGCAUCUCAAGGCAGCUAGUAGGUGAUGACAGCUCCAUGAUCUCCGCCAACAUGCCUGGAACAGUUGGGUACAUGGCCCCAGAGUACGGAUCCUUUGGAAAAGCAUCACGGAAGAGUGACGUGUUCAGCUAUGGAAUCAUGCUUCUCGAAGUCUUCACAGGAAGGAGGCCCACCGAUGCUAUGUUUGUGGCGGGACUGAGCCUCAGGCAGUGGGUUGAUCUGGCGUUUCCUACGGAACUAGUCCAAGUGGUGGAUGACCAGCUACUAGAACUGCAAAACUAUUGUUCUUCAAGCAGGAGCUUGGUCGAUGGUUUUCUUGUGCCAGUAUUCGAGCUGGGUUUGCUUUGCUCCAGCGAAUUGCCGGACCAGAGGAUGACCAUGACGGAAGUGGUCGUGAGGCUCGAGAGGAUAAAAAUUGACUACGUUAAAUGGACAGUAGAGACUCAGAGUGCAGAUAAGUGAUUGAUUACGCGCCCUUGCCUCCAUGUAUGUGCUUCUUCACCGAGGAGAAUAUGAGCUGCGCUUCAGGCUACUCACUUACAUGUCUACGUUACUUGUACAGUUUGAUCCACGUUAUAUUGAUGAUUUAUGGAUUAUGAAUUUAUGAUACUUUGUUGUGUUGGAUGAAAUGUCUGAAGGUGUAGCAGUAAGAGGCAGAAUGCUGGGAAAUGCCUGGGCGCUGUUGGGAGGAGAGUUGUUUGGAGGUAGUCCAUUGCGACAUGUCUCUAUCAUGUCAUAAACUAAGAACAACUCUAUGAGGAAUUCUGCUGUGAAUUUUUCCCAUUAACACUAUCAACAUUGGGAAAACAAUUGAAUUUUUUCCUUUUGUUUCUCUAGGUGGAUUUUUUAAUUAAUUAAGAAUUUUUGUUACAUAGUAGAUACUACCUUUGUCCAAAUAUAGAUGUCUUUGAUUUGUCAAAAUUUGGAUGUAUGUAGACACCAUUUAGUAUAGUAUAUAGUACAUCCAGAUUUAGAAAAAUCUUAGAUGUCUGAUGGAGGGAGUACAUGAAAAAUAAGCAUUAAAAUUAUUAAAAAAAUU